AUGGCCAAUACAAUUACCACAUUCGAUAUCAGAUUACAGCAACCCCUUGAAAAAGAAAUAGGCGGUUUAAUUGUUAUCAAAACGACAAUCUACCGUAAUUUCACGACAACACCAUCGGUAAGAACGUAUUUUUUUUUUAAUCUUAGUGAUUUCUUAUACGAAGAUGAAUCGGAAGACAAAGAAUACUUUUAUGAGUACUUGCGAAGAGAAAGAGUUGAUAAUGCAAACACCAUAUUGAUGAACAUCAUUAUGCUUGUUGAUAAUGAAACAUCUUCAUCUACUUAUUCAAUUAUGAAUAACGUAACUUACCAUGUGUCACUUCACAUAUGCGACAUCACAACUAAUCUUACGGAAGAGCAAGCAAUUCAAGAAUCUUUUGAUGCGGCCAUUGUUGUUCAAAGACUAGCUUUCCAAGCAUCAAUCGAUGCUUUGGAAAGAAAGUUAUUCGAAGUUGAAGAAAAUAUGCAUGGAAAGAAAGAAAGCAGUUGUAUGAUAUGUUUAUAA